CCCACGCUCUGUUUCUGCGGCGGGGCCGCUGCUGAGCAUGCGCCCUCGCCUCCGCGCGCCUUCCCCUCUUCUCGCGGCCUGCCGCUCUAGAAGCUUCUGGGCCGCUCGGCGGAGGCGGCGCUGUGGAGAGGGGAGGCCGAGCAAGAGGCGCCAUCGCCGUCGCCAUGACCGCCGAGGAGGCCAAGGCCGAGGAGAUGGGCAGCGCCGAGGGGGGCGUCGACAUCACCCCCAAGCAGGACGGCGGAGUCCUCAAGAUUGUGAAGAAAGAAGGCGUGGGGGCAACAUCUCCCAUGAUAGGUGAUAAAGUGACAGUCCACUAUACUGGGUGGCUUCUGGAUGGCACACAGUUUGACUCAAGCCGUGAUAGAAAGGACAAGUUCUCGUUUGACUUUGGAAAAGGUGAAGUUAUCAAAGCGUGGGACAUUGCUGUGGGAACCAUGACCGUUGGGGAGCUUUGUCGAAUCACUUGCAAGCCCGAAUAUGCCUAUGGCUCUGCUGGCAGCCCUCCCAAGAUUCCUCCCAAUGCCACACUGGUUUUUGAGAUAGAGCUCUUUGACUUCAAGGGGAAAGACCUCACUGAGGAUGAAGAUGGCGGAAUAAUCCAAAGAAUCCGGAAGAAGGGGGAAGGCUAUUCCAAACCCAAUGAGGGAGCCCUGGUAGAGAUUGAGAUAGAAGGUCGGCAUGGAGACAGAGUAUUUGACAAGCGGGAGCUGCGAUUUGAAGUGGGAGAGGCAGAAAACUAUGACCUUCCCCCUGGCCUGGACAAAGCGUUGCAGAACAUGGAGAAGUUAGAAGAAUCUGUGAUAUCUCUCAAGCCCAGCUAUGGUUUUGGAAGUGCUGGAAAAGAGAAGUUUCAGAUCCCACCAGAUGCUGAGCUGCAGUAUGACAUCAAACUGAAAAGCUUUGAAAAGGCUAAAGAGUCCUGGGAGAUGAACACUGACGAGAAGCUGGAACAAGGCUCCAUUGCAAAGGAAAAGGGCACCCACUAUUUCAAGGAGGGGAAGUACAAACGGGCAACAUUACAGUAUAAGAAGAUAGUGUUGUGGCUGGAACAUGAAUCGGGCCUGUCUGGUGCAAAAGAGGAAAAGGCCAGGAGCUUGAGGCUGGCUGCCCACCUGAAUUUGGCCAUGUGCCACCUGAAGCUGAAAGAGUAUGCCCAGGCCUUGGAGAACUGCAACAAGGCCCUGGAGUUGGAUGGCACCAAUGAAAAAGGCCUCUUCCGGCGUGGUGAAGCCCGGCUAGCUGUCAAUGAGUUUGAGCUAGCGAGAGCCGAUUUCCAGAAGGUGCUGCAGCUCUACCCAAGCAACAAGGCAGCGAAAUCACAGCUCGUAAUCUGCCAGCAGAAACUACGUGAGCAGCAUGAGAGAGAAAAGAAGAAGGUAUUUCAGACCGUGAAACAAGUGUCUUAA